AUGGUACUACAGCAGGCCGUCGCGGCUGCUCGUGCCGGUGACCUGGAGCGCCUGAGGCCGCUCGCCACGGCCGGGCAUCUGACGGCAGCCGGCCCGGUGCACCACGCCGCACGCUUUGGCCAGCUGGACUGCCUGCACUUUCUGGUGACGGAGGCCAGGAUGGCUGCGGACAGCAGGGCGCUGAACGGAGCCACGCCGCUCCAUGACACCGCGGCGACCGGACACGCGUGCGAGGUGCAGUGGCUGGUGCAGUGUGCCGCGUGCAGCGUACAGGAGCAAGAUGCAACAGGGGCCCCUGCACUUCAUCUCGCUGCGCGGUUUGGGAAGGCGGAGGUUGUCCAUUGGCUGCUUGCCUUCGGGGGGAGGGCUGAUCAAGAGACCAACUGUGGGGCUUUCCCCGCCCACUACGCUGCUGCCAAGGAUGACCUUGCGUGUUUGAAACUUCUGAUUGGCCAAGCUCCAGGGUGUGUGAACCGUCAGACUUUGAUUGGAGCCACGCCUGUCUACCUGGCCUGUCAGGAGGGGCACCUGCACAUGCUUGAGUACCUGGUAAAGGACUGUGGAGCUGACGUGCAUCUGAGAGCCAAGGAUGGCAUGACAUCUCUGCACACGGCGGCCCACAUGGGCCACCAUUCUCUGGUGGUCUGGCUGGCCUCCUUCACAGACAUCAGUCUGAACAGUCAGGACAUAGAGGGGGCUACUGCAUUGCACUACGCCGCCAGCGGGGGCCAUCAUCGCAUCCUGGACACGCUGCUGCGCAUGGGGUCGAAGGUCAUUAAGGACUACUGGGGCGGCACUCCUUUACACGACGCGGCGGAGAACGCAAUGCUGGAGUGCUGCAGGGUCCUAGUGCAGCACAGUCUGCGACCCUCAGAGAAGGACGUGGAUGGCUUCACUGUCGCCAACCUGGCUGAGUACAACGCCCACUACGAGUGCGCCAGGUACCAGCGGCUGGCAGGGAGAAACCCGCACUGGGCCGCUCGGCCUUUGGAGGAGAGAGAGAAGCCAGCGUUGCCGUGGCAGCCCAGCCUGGGGGAUUACUACACAGACAUCAGUGAAGCAUACCAAGACAUGGACAGCCUUAAGCACCCUGAGACUGAAGAUACCCCCCAGGCUCGUUACCCUGCCCCACCCCCUGCGCCCCCUCUGCCCUCUUCCUCCUCCUCCUCCUCCUCCUCAGUCCACCAGGAGAAGCCCGUGGCCAGUGGCAUCCACCAUGUCCAAAUGGCCACCACGGUGAUGAAGCGCUUUGGCUCCAGCAGGCCUGCGAGCACGGGGAAGAAACUGCUGAGGGAUAUGAAACUGGGAGAUCUGAAGUCAAUCACAUCGCUCAAGAAGACUGGCUUAACCAACAACUUCACCAUCGCUAGUAAGAUGGUGGUGUUGCCCACAGAGGAGGCUAACCUGUGUGACAUCGACUAUCUGGUGCCUACUCAUGAUGAGAAAGGCAGGCCUAUAGCUGAGUGGAAGAGACAGGUGAUGGUUCGCCAGCUGCAGGCCAGGUUGCUGGACGAUGAGGCCCAGAGACGAAGGGAGAAUGGAAGUAGAUAUGCAAAGAUGGACAGCUGGAGAUAUUCGCAGGCCCACAACGCCAUAUUGGGUCCAUUCGGAGAGCUGCUCACCGAAGAUGACCUCAUCUACUUGGAGAAGCAGAUCAAGAGUGUCUCCAUGCAGAAACACUGCGAGGGCUAUGAGGUGGAGCUGGCUCGCUUAGCUGAGGAGCUCCGGAACAUUCUCCCGGCACCUAUAGUCAACAUUACAGUCAACACUCAGUACAGGAACCCUAACACACAGAUUCCUCUGCCUGUGUGGUGCAAUCGGAUAUCGGGAAUCGUGAAGAGCAUGUCCCUGCUCCUGACAAACUUGACAGACGAGCCCUACUGCAAAAUGCUGAACACGGAGCUUGUGACCGUCUUCUCUCAAAACUUUGAGAGGCAGAACUUGGCCAGGGGUCGGAGGGAGCAGAUUGAAAAUGAGAUCCACAAGUUUGGGGUGUCGGUGUGCAACCUGAAGUCCAACUUCGAGAAUCAAGGUCCGCCCACAGCCAUGCACCCAGAGAGCACCAAGCCGCCUGCACCAGAGGAGGAACCGCCUGGAGGUGACUCGGGAAGAGCCUCAGAGGACCAUGAUCUGGAACCAGAGGCGGAGCAGAAUGAUUCGGGCCUCGACUACCAUGAAGUCACGGACGUUAUGGAGAGCACAAGUCUUCGCAAGGAGCGAAUUGUGGUCUUGUUCCUGGGUCACUGGAAGAAGUCGGCCUACACCGUGACAAUGAAAAAUGCCCAGAGGAAGCUUAGCAUGGACAGCCUGGAGAUGACGGACAGGAGCAAAAUUCAGCGCAAGGCAAGCCUGGAUAUCUCGCCAAAGAAGAUGAUGGAGAACGGCUCGUUGGGCCAGUUCUUUAAGCAGAGGAGCGCCAUCAACAAGAUGAUUGGCAACUGGCGGAGCAUGAUCUCCAUCGUCCCCUCACGCCAGAUCCGACGCCUGGGCCGACAGCAGGCCCUCUAUUCGCCCGAGCAGUUCUUGCCCCGCAUGGGUGGGGCGCCUGUCGAGUACGACGCCCUGACCCUCGACCUCUUCAUGCUGGGCUACUUCCACAUCCUCGAGCAGGACCUUUUGUCCGACGAGAGGAAGAUGAGGCACCUGCUGUGCUUCGAGGUGUUCGACCACGUGGGCCGCUUCAGCUGGGAGACGGUGCGGGACUUCCACAAGGCUGUCAUCCAGGACAUCGAAGCUGGGAACAGGGAGUGGAGGGACGGGUUCGAGGACGUCAAGGUCAGGUUCUUCGGCCAGGCGUCCGACCAGCCGGAGGCGAGAGACCCAGAUAAGAGCCCUACUGUAGAGGCAAGGCCAGUGCCCAAAGUCGUCGUCCAAAGUCCGACCCCAGAUGAGGGAGAUCCCCUAAACAGAAGCUCAGAUAUCAGCAGUCUGAGCAAUGAUGAGAUUUGCAAGUACAUUGACAGGAGCUUUGCAUUCUGGAAAGAGAAGGAGGCGGAGCUUUUUGACUUUGAGUAGUGCGGACAAGCAUGUUUAUGAUUCGUUUUGAUGCUUCAGUAAUGAUAUAGUUAUAUAAGUGUGUAGUUACCAGCAGUACUGCCAUCGUGUGCCUUUGCAAUUAAAGCUAUUGUUGUUUGUUUAGAUUUUCUUUUUUAAGAAAGGUGUUGAAGGUGGAACUGGUU